ACACACCCACCCGCCCGCCCUCCUCGCUUUCCUCCUUCCCUCCCCCUCGCGCUCCCUCUCUCCCGCCCUCCCGCCCCAGCUCCGCGCUCGCUCCUUCUCUCCGUCGCCCGCUCGCGCUUCCCGCGGCGCCGGGCCUCCCGCUCCGCCUCCCCGAGCGCGGCUCUCCCGGGCGCGGCUCCGGGGUUCAUGCGGACGAGGCGGCGGCCGCUUCAGCCCAGCGGCGGCGGCGGCGGGAGCUGGGGCGCGGGCCCCGGCCGCCUCUCUCGGAGCGCGGGGCCGGGCGGCGGGCGCGCCCCGGCGGCGGCGGCGAGCGCCCCACCGCGCCGCGCCCCUGCGCGCCCCCUCCGCCGCGCCCCCGCGCGCCCCCCGCGCCUAGCUUGCGGGGGGCCGGGCCUGCGGGCGGCCGGCGCGGCGCGCACCCAUGGACGGUCCGGCCAUCAUCACCCAGGUGACCAACCCCAAGGAGGAUGAGGCCCGGUCGCCCGUGGCGGGCGAAAAAGCUUCCCAGCGCAACCUCAGCCUAAAGAAGCAGAGGGGUCGGAGCAUCCUUAGCUCUUUCUUCUGCUGCUUCCGAGACUACAAUGUGGAAGCCCCUCCACCCAGCGGCCCCAGUGUGCUUCCGCCACUGGUGGAGGAGAACGGUGGGCUUCAGAAGGGUGACCAGAGGCAGGUCAUUCCCGUACCAAGUCCACCAGCUAAAUACCUCCUUCCAGAGGUGACGGUGCUCGACUAUGGAAAGAAGUGUGUGGUCAUUGAUCUAGACGAAACCCUGGUGCACAGUUCGUUUAAGCCCAUUAGUAAUGCUGACUUCAUUGUUCCUGUUGAAAUCGACGGAACCAUACACCAGGUGUAUGUGCUGAAGCGACCGCACGUGGACGAGUUCCUCCAGAGGAUGGGGCAGCUCUUUGAGUGCGUGCUCUUUACUGCCAGCUUGGCCAAGUAUGCAGACCCUGUGGCCGACCUCCUGGAUAGAUGGGGUGUGUUCCGGGCCCGACUCUUCAGAGAAUCCUGUGUUUUCCAUCGUGGGAACUAUGUGAAGGACCUGAGUCGCCUGGGACGGGAGCUGAGCAAAGUGAUCAUCGUGGACAAUUCUCCUGCCUCCUAUAUCUUCCACCCUGAGAACGCAGUGCCUGUGCAGUCCUGGUUUGAUGACAUGACAGACACAGAGCUGUUGGACCUCAUCCCAUUCUUCGAGGGCCUGAGCAGGGAAGAUGACGUCUACAGCAUGCUGCAUAGACUCUGCAGCAGCUAGCCCUGGCCUUGGCCCAUCUGUGCCUGUGCACUCUGGAACCCCUGGCUCAGGGGACCUGCCCGGCCUCAGCUCCCCGAGUGCAGCCUGGGAAGACUCCGUGCUCUGGGCCACAGGGUGAAUGUCACCAUGCCUACCUGUUUUGUUUUUUUUUAAAGAACAGAAACAACUAUUUUAAAGGAAAAAAAACUCUUUUAAUAGAUUUCAUAAACAGACUGCAUUUUACAAGAUUCAAUUUUCUUAAAACAUACCAAAAAGAAAAAAACAAAAAAAGAAGAAGCAAACAAGAACUUUGAUAUCUCCCGACUCCCUUUCAACUGACCUCCCCUUCCAAGCAGAUAGACCAGUCCUCUUGGUCCCAGUGCGGAGCAGCUGACCCAACUCAGAAUCUCUUUCCUACAGGAUGAAGUGCCUUUUUGAAUGUUAUUUUAAGCUGAAAGUUAAUUUUUUGUAUAAAGCCUAUUUCCAAACACCUUUUAAUCUUUUACAGUCUUAGAUAGACAAGACAAACAGGACAAUUUUAUAGACCCUGGUAGCCUGUGUGUGGUGGGGUGAGGAUGUGGUCAGAGAGAACAGUGGGUCACAGGAGCCUACCUCCCAACGUGUGUAACGGCCAAGCGUGGCCUGCACGGGGUCUGGCUCCCUCUGACAGCACUUUUCUCCUGACUGUCAUUGCCUCGUUUCUGACCAGUCUGGAAUGUACCUGCCAAUGGCCCAAUGCUUAUGAAACAGCUGGUUCCUCUUAUGAUGGUUUCUGAGGUUGUUAAAAAUGUGUCUUUGAGGUUGCAUUUUCGCCCUUGGGAAGUGACAUUGUGUCGUCACGUGUGCUUUCCCACAACUCCACGUGUCUGUCCCUUGUUGUUCUGUUGUCAUUGGUUUGAGGAGAGCAGUUACAGAAAACCCUGAAACCCUUGGAUCGUCAAGUCCUCCCCUUCAGAAGCUGGGUGCACGUGGAGCUCGCUGCUCAGACUUAGCUGCUACUGCGCUCCUGCCACCAAAUGGACCUGACCAGCGGCUGUCACACUGUUCUUAGCCACUGUGCCUAUGCGUAGAAGUCGCUCACCGCUCAGCUGCAGACAGGGUCACAAGCAGGUGUCCCAAGCCAUCAAGCAAGGCACCCUUCUUUGGCUCCGCCCACCGCCAAAAAAUGCCAAAGGGCACAAAGGUUUUUAAAAAAAAAAAACAAAACCGAAGGGCCAAAGCACCGCUCAGGUGGCUCAGGUGCAGCAUUCACUUUCCACUGCAGUCAACGUCAGAGCCUAAGCUGGAACUCUCCGGUCUCCCUUGAGAACCUGUGUCCUCAGCCAGCCAUCACGCUGGUGUGGCUCAAGUCCACCUCUCAGCCUCUUUGGAAGCACAGCCUCUUCGAGCCAAGGGUUGGAGAAGCCUGCCUUGAUGGGAGACUCAUCUCUCCAAACCAGGGAGACAGACUUCUCCCUGGAGCCCGGGGGUCUCUUCCCACCCACGCCCGGUUUGGUGUUUAAUCUGUGUUACAUCGAUCUUCCGAAGAACGACCAGAGAGCCCUUUGUUUUGGCACCGAUGCCUUAGUCCUCUGUGGGUUGGGCCUCAGCAAGAAUUCUGCUGGGAGUCGCUGACAUUGUCAAGAUUUAAAGUCAGGGGUCAAACUUUAAAAAAAAAAAUUUUUUUUUCUUUCAUUCACAAAAUAAUGAAGCCAGCUACUAGGCCUGUCUUCCCACAGUGCCUGGUCUGGGAAGCCACUGUGCAAUCAGAACAGAGUACGUCAGGGCCAUUCAGAUCACCUGAACCCAGCAUGCCCUGUGCCAAUUAAAAUAGAAACUGCCCCUUCGCUAAGCGUUUCCACAGGUGAUGACAGCUCCAUGGCAGACCCGCAUACACCGUAAGCCCUCAUGGAAAACCAGUCCUUAGCCGAUCCUGCUGCCUUAAGUGUCUUGGGUGUUUCAGAGUCUGCCGUGGGUUGACUUCCAAGCAGAAUAAGGCCCAGAUGGAACCUCAGAUCUUUGUGUCGGUGUCACGGGGCCUUAUCUGAAAAGGGGGGCAGAAUGGAUUGAAAUUCCAGAAUAUUUCAGGGGAAGCGAGCCUAGAAAUAGUGCUCUACUUCAGCCAGGUUCGAGGCCAACCCUUGGCCUUACAGUCCUGGGGCUGCGUGUACCCAUGCACUCCGGGGAGAGCUUCCAGGUGGGGAGCCCCAUUCUUGCCACCACAAACAUGAAUGCCUUGGGUGGGUGGCAGAGACUCUGAGGUUUCUGAAAUCUGCACCUUAUCUGACCAAGCUCCAAAAAUGCCAAUUUUUAUUUCCUUUUUUUUUAAAAAAAAAAAUCCGCUUUAUGUACAUAAUUGAAAAAAAUCUAUAUUUUUAAUCAGUUACAUGUAAAUGAAGCAAUAGAACUCUAACAAGGCCAAGAAAGGAGACGAAUGUUCGAGGUUUAUUUUCUUAAGGUAAAUACGGGUAUUGCUUUUAAUUGUAAGUUUAUUAAGAUGUGGGCUUGAAAACGUAUCAGCCACUUCUCUGUGCCAUAUCCUCCCCACGUUACCAAAACACUCCAUCUCCUUAGCCCAAAGAAGCAUUUGAUGUCCCAAGCCCACGGUCCUCUCAGCUCCAGGUGAGGACCCCUCUCUUAGACACGCGCUUUCCAUGCGAAGGUCUGGAGCAGGGUGGCUUGGGUUGGUGGACUCGAGCCUACAGCUUUUGCUUGACCUCAAGUGGGGGCUACCUGGGCACCCCUGACCCCGAGGAUGUUAAUGUUCUUGUCUUCCAUUUGUUCUGGAAUCCUCCGUGUCGGUCUGUGGUCUGCACUAGCUGUUUGUAAACAGUAUGUUUGUAUCUUAAUCGCACCGAUGGCAGUGGGUGGUGAUCCCUCUGACACGGUGCAAUGUUGAGGUGGCUUUGGGGGCAUGAGGACGUCCACUAACUUGUCCCGGUCACAGUAUUUGAAGUUGGGGGUACGAAAAUGAGACCUGUGAUUGUGUAAAGCCCGGCAGUGUUUUACAACCCUGUAUUUCAAAGAUGGCGUUCUAAUAAAAUCCAGAAACAUGCAGCCCUGUUGGUCAAACACUCGUGACGUUUGUGCCUCUGCUUCUCAUGGUGCUGUGCUGGACAGCUGGCAUGCCAGGGUUCAAGAAGAGUGGAUGGCCUACCGUGCUCCUGGUUCUCUGUGCAAACUUGCUGGCUGCCUCUGUUCCUAGUUUACUGUAAAUCUGACUACAUCUAUCCCUGGAGUGGCCCUGAGGAUAGGUGCCCCCAGGGGUGGUGACAUUGCUGUCUGGGGAGUUACAGUUUCCUUCUGGACGUUUGAAUGUGCCACUCCAGUGCCACUUGGGAAACACCACAUGUUGGAAUGUGCACGAUGCUCCGGGCAAGUAUUGUCAAUCAGUGACUUCCCUCCUGCCAAAAAUAAACUCGUCAAACUGCA